AUGUUUGGUGAUGGCUCCGCCCCCGCGGCCCCCUCCCCAAGUCUUCCUCGUCCCCCUCCCCACGUAGAGUUAAUAUGGUCGCCAGCGAUGGACCCUGCAAGGCCAGAAUGCCCGUUCCAGUACUUAAUUGAAACAUUAAAUGACAAUCCAGAGAAGAAGUUCUACAAUAUCCCUAAACUUGGGGGCACCAAGUAUGAUAUUCUGCCUUAUUCCAUACGGGUACUGUUGGAAGCUGCUGUCCGUAACUGUGAUGGCUUCUUAGUAAAAAAGGAAGAUGCUAUGAAUAUUUUAGACUGGAAAACAAAACAGAACAAUGUUGAAGUGCCCUUCUAUCCUGCCAGAGUUCUUCUUCAAGACUUUACUGGAAUUCCUGCAAUGGUGGAUUUUGCCGCCAUGAGGGAAGCAGUGAAAAAUCUUGGAGGAGAUCCUAUGAAAGUCCAUCCUGCCUGCCCAACUGAUCUCACUGUUGACCAUUCUUUGCAGAUUGACUUCAGUAAAUGUGCAAUACAGAAUGCUCCGAAUCCUGGAGGUGGUGACUUACAGAGGCCGUUGGCAAAGGUUUCUCCACAUAAAGUGCAGCCUCGGAAGGUACCUUGCAGGGGCCAGACUGGCUGCAAAGGGCCAUGUGAUGCUGGAGAAUCAAGUCGUAACUCAGGAAAAUUUUCUACGCAGAUUGAGAAUACCCCUAUCCUCUGUCCAUUUCAUCUUCAACCAGUGCCUGAGCCUGAAACAGUGUUAAAAAACCAAGAGGUGGAAUUUGGCAGAAAUAGAGAGAGGCUUCAGUUUUUUAAGUGGGGUUCAAAGGUUUUUAGGAAAGUUGCUGUAAUUCCACCUGGAACAGGAAUGGCACACCAAAUGAACUUGGAAUAUUUGUCAAGAGUUGUUUUUGAAGUUAAAGAUUUCCUAUAUCCUGACAGUGUAGUUGGCACAGAUUCUCAUACAACUAUGGUAAAUGGUUUGGGGAUCUUGGGAUGGGGUGUUGGCGGUAUUGAAACAGAAGCAGUAAUGCUGGGAAUGCCAGUUGCACUCACUUUGCCUGAGGUAGUUGGGUGUGAGCUGACAGGCUUAGCCAGCCCACUUGCUACAUCCAUAGAUGUUGUUCUAAGCAUUACUAAGCAACUCAGGCAAGCAGGAGUGGCUGGAAAAUUUGUUGAGUUUUUUGGAACUGGCGUUUCUCAGCUGUCUGUAGCUGACCGAACCACAAUAGCAAAUAUGUGUCCUGAAUAUGGUGCUAUUCUGAGCUUUUUCCCUGUUGAUAAUGUGACGCUGAAGCACUUAAACCAUACAGGUUUUGACAAGGCCAAGCUUGAGUCCAUGGAAGCAUAUCUUAAAGCUGUGAAGUUAUUUCGAAAUGAUCAGAUUUCUUCAGAGGAACCUGAGUAUACCCAGAUAAUACAAAUAGAUCUGAGUUCUAUAACGCCAUAUGUCAGUGGGCCAAAGAGGCCACAGGAUAGAGUGGCUAUUACUAAUAUGAAGAGUGAUUUCCAAGCCUGCUUAAAUGAGAAGAUUGGCUUUAAAGGGUUUCAGAUUGCUACUGAGAAACAAAAUGACAUUGUGCCUGUUGAGUAUGAAGGAAAUGAGUACAGAUUGUCUCAUGGAUCUGUUGUCAUUGCUGCAGUAAUCAGUUGUACAAAUAACUGCAAUCCAUCUGUCAUGCUUGCCGCAGGUCUUUUGGCCAGAAAAGCUGUCGAAGCUGGACUGAUGGUUAAACCUUAUAUAAGAACAAGUUUAUCUCCGGGUAGUGGGAUGGUUACACAUUACCUCAGUUCAAGUGGAGUGUUACCAUACCUCAGUAAACUUGGGUUUGAGGUUGUUGGAUAUGGAUGUUCAACAUGUGUUGGAAACACUGCUCCCUUGCCAGAAGCCAUUCGGAAUGCGAUAAAACAGGGUGAUUUAGUUGCUUGUGGAGUUUUGUCUGGAAACAAAAACUUUGAAGGCCGUCUCUGCGAUUGUGUCCGUGCCAACUACCUUGCUUCUCCACCUUUAGUAGUUGCUUAUGCUAUAGCAGGCACUGUUAAUAUAGAUUUCCAGACUGAGCCUUUAGGCAUUGAUCCUAAUGGCAAAAAUAUCUACCUGCAUGAUGUUUGGCCCACUCGAGAAGAACUUCAGCAAGUUGAGGAGGAGUAUGUGAUAUCAUCCAUGUUUAAAGAACUGAAAGAAAAAAUGGAGAAAGGCAAUAAGCGAUGGAAUUUUCUGGAAGCACCAGAGUCAGUUUUGUUUCCAUGGGAUUUGAAGUCCACAUAUAUCCGAUGUCCUUCUUUUUUUGAUAAGCUUGCCAAAGAGCCAGUUUCACUACAACCAAUUGAAAAUGCCCAUGUCUUGCUAUAUUUGGGAGAUUCUGUAACUACAGAUCACAUAUCACCCGCUGGAAGCAUUGCAAGGAAUAGCGCCGCUGCUAAGUAUCUGACAAACAAAGGCCUCACACCUCGUGAAUUCAACUCUUACGGAGCUCGAAGAGGUAAUGAUGCUGUGAUGACCAGAGGUACCUUUGCAAAUAUCAAGCUUUUGAAUAAAUUCAUAGGAAAACCAGCUCCAAAAACAGUUCAUUUCCCAUCAGGACAAACGCUAGAUGUGUUUGAAGCAGCAGAGUUGUACCAGAAAGAAGGCAUUCCUUUGAUUAUUUUAGCAGGGAAGAAGUAUGGACUGGGUAGCUCAAGAGACUGGACUGCAAAGGGGCCUUUUUUACUGGGUGUUAAGGCAGUUAUAGCUGAAAGCUACGAGAAGAUUCAUAAAGGUCAUUUGAUUGGAAUUGGCAUAGCUCCACUUCAGUUCCUUCCAGGGGAAAAUGCAAACGUUUUGGGCCUCACUGGCAAAGAACAGUUUUCUGUAUCAUUUCCUCAAGAGCUGUUUCCAGGAAUCACAUUGGAUAUUAAGACGAACACUGGCAAAGUGUUCAGUGUGAUUGCCUCGUUUGAAAAUGAUGUGGAAACAACAAUAUAUAAACAUGGUGGAAUUCUAAACUAUGUGGCUCGAAGAUUCUUAUAGUAGCUACUGACUAUAUGGAUACCUUGCAUAACUGGUAAUUCUGAAAAUGCCUUGUGUGAACCCGGGAAUCCAUACUAUGGAACUGCAAACAGUCCCAGUCGCUCAAAGUUAUUUCGUCCAUGGAUGUAGAAGAUUGUGAAUCAUUGUAGUGACCGCAACAAGAUCCUUCCUGAUUUUAAAUAAUAUUCGAAUGGUGCUAUUAACAUUGCUAAAAUCGACAUACGUGUUUUGUGGCAGAAAGCUGUAAGUAUGGGGGGGAUAUUUUAUCACACCAUUUUGUAAAUAAAGGAUGUGAAAUCCGAAACUGAAUUGUGCUGAAGAUUAUUCUGUAAGAAGACUCUUCCUGCAGUUGUUUUCACUUAGUUUUCACCUGUAAAUCUGUGUACUGCUAUUUGUUGGUUUAAGGGUAGCAGAUGGUAUGGAAUGUUAGAGGCAAGAGAGAUGGAUUCUUCCAUUGUAGUAGCUAAGA